AUUUAGGUUCGUGUCUACGAGUACGUCAUAUUGAUAAAUGAUUUUACGCAAACCGAGUCAAUGCAAAAAAAACGUUGCAAUGUUGUUUCGGUCACUCUCACCCAUCUCCAACGGAGUUAAUGUAAUGGCGUGCACCAGAUUCGACUUCGCAGGCUGUCCAGUAAAGACCGUGACUCCUUCAGCACUUUCAGUUUCGUUGGCGGGUUGGAACUAGCCGGCUGUUUCGCUCGAUUCGCCGCCCGCGCACGUUGACAAAAACUUUCCUUUUUUAUUUAAUUCAUAAUAAUAAUUAUAAUAAGCUGGCUGUGAUAUAUUGACAUUUUCUGUUUUGUUGUUUUAUUCUCUGUUGUGGAUUGCCGAAAUGAGGAUUAUGUAAGAGAGGUUUUUGCUACUAUCAAGAAUGUUAUCCACAACCACACCAACUUUAACAAUCAUUUCUACACUGAAAUAUGCUUAGGUGGUUGGGUCCUGCCAAAGUAACAGACGCAUCCAACGGAUCAACGGACCUAAAAAAUGGAAAACAAAAAGAGAAUAUUACCGAUGAUCCUUUGGCCACCAUAGAAACCGGACAUAAAAACCAGAAAUCAGUUUACUCUGUUAGCAGGUCAGUCCUCUUACCCAGGGUUUCUCUCAAGAACAGCACUCUUUCUACUGAUUCCACUGCUAUUGGGGGAGGGGUCAAUCCAUUGUUCCUACCUAGUACAACAAAUGCCUCUCAAAAAGUACCUGUUUGCCCCGCCUACCCCAUCAGACCUGCUCGUUCUAGGGAAAAGUCAUCAUCUUCAGGAUACGGAGACAGCAAUACGGACAGUUUCCAAGAUACGUAUCAAGAACAUCUUAAAUUAAUGGAAGAAGUUGGUGUUUUACUCGAACGGAAUCCAGCUUUCGUUAAAUCCAUAAAAAUCGCUGCCCGGGGAGUAAAAAGUAAUAAAUCAGUGCCAUUUCAAUCGAAUUCUUCGUUAGAAGGAACUCUUACAACAAUUCCCGAAGGUGAAGAUGAUCUCUCUGUGCCAAGACCCAUUUGGCCACAUCAAGAUAAAUUGCUAGAUCAGUAUGAUUCUAUAGUUGACGAUGCGCUUCUGCUUUAUACUAGUUUAAACUAUAGGCCGGAGAAUGUUAAACCGCUGGAUACAUGCAUAGAUAUAUCCGUGAAAGAUUUACUUCUAGAAAUCCUCAAUGGUAUUAAUGAAACUUUGGAAGGUAAAAACACGACACCUCCUGAAAACAUGCUUAAGAUUAUCGAUUCGAGAAUUCGCUUAAAACUGGAAGCGUUAAAAGUGUCAACUGAAGAAGAGAUGAGAAGACUUUGCGUAAAUCUAACCAACUGUCGCAAGAAAAACUCAGUUUUGAGGGCACUAAGCAACUCCACCUCGAGCGGCAACUCCAGCAAAACGUCAAGUAGUAGGAUAAGGACGCUUUCGUCAGAAACUGAAGAAGUGUACGAAUUACCAUCGAGGUCUUCUAGUAGUGGUUUCAGUGAUUCUUUAAAAGAACAUCAAAAUGUACCUGUGUUUGUUCAUGACAAUUUAGUUAGUGUACCGAAUAUAGUUAGGAACGCCUUGAUAUAUGGGACCCUGUGCAGAGCAAAGGCUGGCAACGAAGGCUUGUUGAAGAAAUCGAAGAAAAUCGGGACAAUAUCAAAGAAGACGUUAAUGACGGCUGUGAAUGACGAUAAACCCAGUGUAUGGGAGCAGUACUAUGGGGUUAAGGCCGUAGAGGAGGGAGAUGUCCGAUAUCCUACGAAACCAACAGAUGUUCCUUUAUAUCCUGUCGGUCGUCCGGAAGCUGACUUUACGUUGGAUGUGCCAAGAUCUGAACACUUACUGAAAAGGAUGAAGAACGACAAGAAGUGGCGAUGUCGUUGUAGGUUACUGACUUCCUUUUUCGGCCUCAUCUUUUUCUUACUCUCCGUAAUGGCAGUGAGCCUCAUCCUCACAAGAGGGAAGAGGAUGUUUGGUUCAAUGGUUUAAGUAGUUGAUACUGGUUUGAUUGUCUCAAGAUGGCAUUAUAACUUACCUAAAUGUAAUUAUUCAUAAAUAAAUAAAUGAACUGGUUUGCAAAAAAAGAUCAAUACAAAAGUGAG